UAUCCAGUGCUGAGUCCUAUUGCACUCGACUUUUUGCCUAUCCAAGGGUCUUCUGUCCCUUGUGAACGUGCCUUUUUGGAUGCUGGGCUCACAGACAUGAAGUGGUGUGCUCCCCUCCUCCCAAAAAACUUCGGUGACAUCCAAACUGUCAAGGGCACUUAC